UUUUAAAAUAAUUUUUAUUAAGAAUAAAAAUUUGAAAAAUUUCUUAGAAUUCUUCUAACCUAAAAAAUGAAACUCAAUAUGGUUUCCGGAAUUCUUCUAUCCAAAACUUAAAAGAUUAAUAUAAGAAUCAUUUAUUUUUAUAAUUGUCAAGUCCGUAUUGUUAUACAUACGUUGACAUUGUAACCGCUACAUGACAUUUUAAAUUCACCUGUCUCUGCAAAAUGUUUUGUGAGAAAAAACUCAGCCAUUUUCCAAUUCCUUGUCAAGAACCUCUUCCAUUAAGGGGUUUCUUCCUUUUAGUUUAUGUGAUCAUUUCAUUUGCUUGGAACACUGAAAAAUGCACCCUGAAUUCAGAAUUGACAAUUCCAUUUAGCAGUACUAUACUUUUCUUAUACUCAUAAUACUAAGAGCGCCUUUGAGAUUACUUUUGUUAAAGUAAUAUUGGUCUUCUGCAUGAAAAAGUUGGUUGAAUCUGUCUUGAAUAAAGUCAUAGAGGAGUUUGAGCAUCGCAUUGCAAGCCCAGAUGAACAAUGUCCUAAAGUGAUGGAUCUGCAACAAAGUUUACUAUGCCAAGAUUCCUGCGUAAUAAAGAAAGAGGAAUGCAUCCAUAAAAAUCAUGAUGCUGAAUCUGAGGAAUCACAUAAACAACUUCUGAAGCAACAAAUCCUCUUUGAUGAACGACAGAAAGAUAUUCGACAGAGCCUUAUGAGGAAGAGAUUAGGCUUGGUUUUAGGGGUGGGAUCAUUUUUUGCAAUGCUCUUAACAAAGUUCAACCUGAUAAUGUAUCCAAGAGAGGAUGCUGCUAUGAAAAUUCAGAAGCACGUACGCAGACAUGCAUCUUGGAAAGCCUAUAUUAAACACCAUACAUCAAUGCUUACUUUGCGAACAGCUUUGAGGGCAAUCUCUACCUGUAAGGAGUUCAAUUUUAGUUUUUUUUAUGAAGUUAGUUUGCAGUUUAUCAUAAUAAAUAUUAAGAAACUCAUUUUGGCUUUUGUUGAAAGUUUAUUGAAUCUUUUAGAGUAA